GAGAUUCUACCAGUGAAAAAAAAAGGGAAGAGACCAGUGUUCGCUUUUCCUCUUACUCCUCGCUCAAGCCAACUCUCUUCUGUUAUUUUUUUGCUCUCUCUCUCUCUCUCUCUCUCUCUCUCACAAAUCUGUAUCAAAGCUAUUCUGAUUUGCCAUGGAUUCUAUUCGGAACGCUAAUGAGGAGGAGCUUAAAAAGCUUGAAGAGAAGAUUGCUGACGCAGAAGAGAAUUUGGGUGAAAGUGAAGUGCGUGAAGCUCAUCUUGCUAAGGCUCUGUAUUUCAUCAGGAUUCGUGAUAAGGAGAAAGCUUUGGAGCAGCUAAAACUCACUGAAGGGAAAACUGUAGCUGUUGGGCAAAAAAUGGACUUGGUGUUCUACACAUUGCAGCUUGCUUUUUUCUUUAUGGACUUCGACUUGGUGUCAAAGAGCAUUGACAAAGCCAAAAAAUUGUUUGAAGAGGGUGGUGGUGACUGGGAGAGGAAGAACCGGUUGAAUGUCUAUGAAGGUUUGUAUUGCAUGUCCACCAGAAACUUUAAGAAGGCUGCCACCUUAUUUCUGGAUUCGAUAUCAACCUUCACAACAUAUGAAAUUUUCCCAUAUGAGACCUUUAUAUUCUACACCGUCCUGACAAGCAUCGUUACUCUGGACAGAGUUUCGCUUAAGCAAAUGGUUGUUGAUGCACCUGAGAUCUUAACCGUUCUUGGGAAGAUUCCCUUCCUUUCUGAAUUUCUCAACUCCUUGAUUGAGUGCCAGUACAAGGCGUUUUUCUCAGCAUUCGCUGGAAUGGCUGAGCAGAUUAAGGUUGACCAUUACUUGUACCCGCAUUUUCGGUUUUACAUGAGGGAAGUCAGAACGGUGGGUUACUCACAGUUUUUGGAAUCUUACAAGACUGUGACAGUUGAAGCCAUGGCAAAGGCCUUUGGCGUUUCUGUGGAUUUCAUUGAUCAGGACUUGUCACGCUUGAGUGCUGGUGGGAACCUUCAAUGCAAGAUAGACAAAGUUGCAGGUGUUGUGGAGACUAACCGCCCUCAUGCAAAGUACCAGGCAACAAUCAAGCAAGGGGAUUUCUUGCUAAACAGGAUCCAGAAGCUGUCUCGUGUGAUCGAUCGGGAGGACUUUAGUCGUGCCUUUAGGGAUCUCGAGGUUUCCUAG